ACUUUACAUUUUGAAGAAGACAGAAAUGGCGCAGUCCACGCCUAGGAAACAACACAUUGUGACAGAUAAAUGUGCAUUAUGCAGUUUUUCAUUUUGUAACAUUGAAAUAACAUCUUCAGGUUAAACAUUCAAAAAUACAACUUACUUGAACAGAAAACUGAAGUUGACAGUGGAGAAAAUUGAAGACUUAAAAGUUAUACUUGGUGUCCGUGAUUUUGUUCCAACUGAAACAGGCAUAUGUAUUAAAUGCUACAGGAAAGUAGAAAGUGUUAAAAAAAACAGAAAAGGAAUUGCAGAAAACAAAACAAACAAUAUUUGAUUCUUUUUUGCAAUCGUCGUCAAACAGAGAGGUUGUUGUGAAAAGACUUGCUGAGUCACCGUCAAAGGGAGUGAAAAAAGUGUUUUCCCCUAGCAUGAUGCAUAGAAUCAAAUUAAAUAGUUCUGAGAUGCAAAGUAAGCAGACUUUCAAGAGAAGUAACACACUUCAACUGAUUGAAGAUUGUCCAUGUAUCCUGCCUUGUGAUGUUAAGCCUUCUGUUAUCCCUCUUGUCUGUACAGAAACUGAUGGAGCUGGACACCAGGACCGUUGUAGAACAACGAAGGCCACACAGUUGUUAUUUUCCAGUGAGAAAACUUCAAUAAUUGAGAAUAAAGUACAGUUGACUUACAACCCAUAUAGUGAUAACAAUGACACCCUCAUGCCUAAUGUUAGAAUACCUAUAAAAAUCUAUUGA